GUGAACUUGCAGCCCUUUUCAUUUACACAACCAUUCACAAUGUCACUCUUUCUCCGAUCACCGUCAAAACCCAAAACCCUAAUCCCCCUUUUCACCUCUCUCCGCUCAUACGCCGCCGUUUCACCACCGCCCUCCCAAACCCACCACACCCACCACCAGAAAACCCACACCUACUCACCCCCAAGCCCAUUUCUCAGCAGCUGGGACCCGCCCAAGAACCCUAAAGAAGCUCAAUGGCAGCUCGCCAUGCUCCGGCGACAAUACGACAAGCAAGUGAGGGAGGUGCGCAAGGAGUAUAUGCAAGAAAUGGAAGUGAUGAGGGCUGAGAAGGCGAGGAAAGAUGAGGCCAAGAGGGAGGCGCUUCGGGUUGCGAAUGAGGAGAGGAAGGCGGCGAAAUUGGAGGCCAAGAAGGUCCGGGCUGCGGAGCGGAAGCUGGAAGAGGAGGAGUUUCGACGAAUGCUUUUGAAAGAAAAAGAAGAAAAACUUGAAUAUUGGAGGAAGAGAGAAAACCUCGUACAAGAGAAGAAGGAGAAGAAGAAAGAGGAUCUCCGCAGGCAAAGUUCUAUGUGGAUUGACGAGAAUAAACUAGAAGCAAGGACACUGGAAGCACUGGUUGAUGGAAGUAAUUACCUUUGAGACUUUCAUUCUCGUUACAAAAUGACAAACGAAAGAGAAGGAAAAAAGAGUUGGCUGGUUUAUGUCUCCUAUGUCCUUACUCUGGAAGCAUGUACGACAUAAUAAACUGCUUUCUUCUGGCUCUUUCGACAGAUAAAAAACCUGAUUGGAUAGAAGCUUAGCUAUAUGUCAGAAGGACCUGAUUAAAUGGAAUUUUUUAUGUUUUAUGUUAUGCGCCAUUGAAAUGACAUCAAACUUCCUUAUUGUCUUCUGCUAGAAUGCAAUUUGUUAAACUGGUUUCGUGUUGCAACUCAGUGUGAUUGUUUUGUUUUAUGCACAUGCUUUGAUGCC